GAGACUGGAUUCACUUGAAAAUAUUAGAAAUCACACCAGAACUCACCAUUUUAGGAAACACAUUAGCAGAAGCACUGGAACUUCAAAGAGCACACAAUGAAGUUCUACGACAGUUACAAAAUAAACAAAGUCCGGUGGAAGAGUUACUAAGACAAGCUGAUCAGCUGAUAGCCACUCAGAGACCCAGAGCUGAAGUCUACGCAGCCAUGGCGGAGUCUCUAGGUAGAGCUUGGAGAGAUAUCAACUCAACUCUUGAACUCAGAAAGCUUAUAUUAGAUCUCAACGUUCAGUACCACACCAAAGCAGACGAAUUUUUCCAAAAUAACGAUGCUCUAGAGGCCGCAUGUGUAGAUAGUUCCGUACCAAUACAGAUAGAAGAAAUCAAAGAUUUCCUAACAAAAAUACAUGAUUUGAGAAGAUCGCUGUUGGAAACUUUGAUGGGUGCACUGCAAGUAGGAAACUCAUUAUUGGGCAAAUUGAAAGAACUUGGUGCUGAAGGAACCAUCGACUCUAGACCCGAACGAAUACGAACUUCUGUUAAUCGAGCUAUAUCUCAAGUCCAAGGCUGGUUGGACGAAUUGCAUCUCAAACGACAGUUUAUCGAAAUUAGUUUUAACAGAAGAAAAACACAACUCGAACAAUGCUUAGGAUUAGCUUUACUAGCUACUGAUUUGUCAGAACUGGAAAAUAUCCUCCAGGAUAGAAGGAAUCUACUAGCCAGCAGCAACGAAUUAGGCGAUUCCUCAUCCUGUGCAGAACUGUUACUUCACGAACAUAAGAAACUUCUUCCCGAAGCCAGACAGCUUCAAGAAAAAGCUUUAAGAUUAACUAAAGCCACAGAACAGUUGCUAACUUCCGGCUGUUAUGGAGGUGACAAAGCCACUCAGCAAUCGUAUGUUAUUCUGUCUUCCACGUCAGAAUAUCUUGCUGACUUACAGAACAGAGAGUCAUUGCUAGAAAGAGCGAUAGCUUUCUUCAGAUCAUCACAAGCGGUUUUGACCAAACUGGAUCAACUAGAAAUCCAACUCAAAACCACAGAACUGCCAAAAACAUCACCGAAACUUGCCGAACUGCACGCACAUUGCGCAAGAACGAUAGAAGAAGCUACCUCAGCUCCAAUAGAAGAAGGUUAUUCCAUAAUAAAUCUAGCAGGCCUUUCUGGUGGAACUGAAGGAGUCAAGAAAAUGGUGGAGGAACUAGAAAACAAGAAAAUAAUACUGAGUGGUUUGUGUACGGCGCACAAAGAAGAAAAUAAGAGAGUUACAGCGGCUCUGAAUAACUUUCUUGAUGGUUAUAACGAAAUUAAUAAUUGGUUGGUGACCAUAGCUGAAGGAUUCCUUAAAGGACACCAAGAUAUGGGAGGUGAUUUGAGAUUAGCAGAAGAUUUCUUGCAGUUACAUCACCAAUUACAAUCUGAUCUCCAGAUCAAAGGAAAUGAAAUUAACCAACUUCUACUAACACUUCCUUCAAUACUCGAAUAUUUAGAAGACGAUCAAAGAAGAGACGUGGAUUCUAAGGUAGAAAACCUCCACGAAAAAUGGAUGAAUCUCAAAAACAUUCUAGAAACUAGACUGGAGCUUGCCAGAAUAUAUGUCAAGUUCCAUAUGGAAGCUGACAUAGUCAACAAGGAAAUGGAUAAAUUGGAAGCUUCAAUUAAGGACAAGGAUCAUGUGGAUGAAGAAAAUAUGAAAGUGAUUGAAGAGAAAUUCGAAUCUUUGAUACCAUUCUAUCAAUCUGCUAAAAACACUGGCUUGACUUUCAUAAGCGAAAUCAGUCGGGUCUCGGAACCGUCGCCGCAUCUGGACGCGCGCCGCGGCGCCAAGUACGUGGAAUCGGUGCUGGACAGGUUGGCCGGCCGGCAAUUGGACGUCACCAAGUGCUGGAACACCUUCAGGGAGGACGUGGUGGAGAGGAGGGAGGUGCUGGUGAGGCUGGAGAGGACCAUGGCGGAGAGUACCAAGACAAUCAGUUGGGUAUCAAAACUGCACUCCCAACUCUACCCUGCUAUCACAACGUCAACAGCAAACCCAGGUGAAAUUGCCUCAUAUCUAGAGCACAAACUAGAAACGGUACUGCCAGACAUCAAGAAAGCUCAGAGCGAAGUCGACGAAAAAAUCAGAAGUGCUGAGGCCCUGGUUGCCCAGGCUGGUGCCUCGGAUGAGAGAACGGUGGCUGUGAGGAGCAAAUUGAACGAGCUGAGUCAGAAAUUGACAGAGAUUUCGUCAGAAUACCAAAUAUUAUUACAGGUACUGAUUGGCUACUUCCGCAACUUAGAAGAAAUAGACAAGAAAGCAGAAAAAUAUAACACAGAAAUAGAAAACAUCGAUUUGCCAAAUGACGUAGAGAAAAUAGAACAUGCUCUAAGAGAAUCGGAGGUGACCAGGGAGACUAUUUUGGAAAGAUUCAGAUUUGCUCAGACCGAAUGUGACCAGAUAAAAGAAAGGAUUAAAAAUCAGGAACCACUAGAGUCAGCAGAAGAAGACAUCAGCAGACUUCAACACGUCAUAGACUUGAGACGUUCAGAUUUCGAAAGACAGUGGAUUGAAAGACAUGAAAUUAUAAAAUCCUUCCUCAAAGCUAGUCAGUUUACUAAAGAAACAAAGGAUAUCACACAUACCAUCGAGGAAAUCAGUCGACAAGUUGUCGAAAUUAGAAAUCAAGCUAGUGAAUCACUCAGUUCGUCUAAGGCAGCUUCUGAAAACUUCAAACAAUUUACAAGAGUUACUGAGGCAUUAGAUGUAAGAAUUAUUAAGCUAAAAGAUAGUAGUAAAAACCUUCAGAAAGAAUAUCCAAGUGAAGCUCCUGAGAUACAAAGUCAAAUAGAUGAAGUGGAACAUCAAUGGAAGAAUGUGAAGUCUCAAAUUGAUGAUACAGAAGAUAUUCUGAAGAAGAAUGUUAGAUACUUUGAAUUAGUUGAAGAGGCUAACGAUUGGUUUCGAGAUGGUAGCAAGCUUCUAGUACUGAUUGCUCGCAAAUCUACAUCAGUAAAACAUCCAGAAGAAGCAGACAAACUCCUCCAAGAAAUCCACUCCUUCCUUCAACCAGGAGAAGGUAGACAAUCGCAAAGAAUACAUGAAAUUUCCAGCCUGGCCAGAGAAAUUUAUGGAUCUGACGAGACCAAACAUGCCCUUGUCAUAUCCGGCAACAAGGAAAUGUUAGAAUCAUUCACCUCCAUAACAAACGAGCUAAAGCAACUGUCUCAAAACUUGACAGCUGCUGAAGAAGAAAAACAAAGAUUAUUACGAGAACAAGAAGAAGCGAGAAAGGCUGAAGAAGCUAGAAGGCUGGAAGAAGAAAGAAUAGCUGAAGAAAGGAGACUUGCUGAACAACGAAGAUUAGCUGAAGAAGCACGUUUAGCGGAGGAGAAAAAACGUUUGGCUGAAGAGCAAAUACGAGCCGAACAAGCACGUCUAGUUGAGGAAGCUAGAUUAGCCGAAGAAAGACGCUUGGCUGAAGAAAGACGAUUAGCUGAAGCAGCCAGACUAGCCGAGGAACGCAGAAGAGAACAAGAAGCUCUUUUAGCUAAAGAAGCUGAAAAAAUCCAGGCUGCUAAAUUAGAAAUUGAACAGCUCAAAGCUCAACAAGUAAAAUUCUUGGAAGAUGCCAAGAAGGCUGAAGAGGAAAGAAGAAAACUUGAAGAAGAGGAAAGGCAUAAAUUGGAAAAACUUAGACUUGCUGACGAAGCUAAGAGAGCUGAAGAAUUAAGGUUACUUGAAGAAGAAAGACUUAAAGUUGAAGAAGCCAAACUUAUUGAAGAAGAAAGAAUUAGGGCUGAGCUUCAGAGACUAGAACAAGAAAAGUAUCGUAUAGAAGAAGAAAGACAGAGAGCUGAAGAACGGAGAUUACAAGAAGAAAGAAAAAUGGCUGAGCUAAUUAGGUUAGAAGAAGAAAAAUUAAACAUUCAGAAAGCUCAGUUAGAAGAAGAAAGAAUCAAAGCUGAACAUGCUAAAGUUGAAGAAGAACAGCGUAGAGCACAACAAGCUAGGUUAGAUGAAGAAAACCGAAAAGCUCAAGAAGCUAAGCUAGAAGAGAGACGCAGGGUUGAAGAAGCUCGUUUAGAGCAAAUGCGCCAGGCAGAGCAAGCAAGGUUAGACGACCUUAGACGACAGGAAGAAAAAGAAAGAAAUAAAAGACUUGAAGAAGAAAAAGCUCGACUCGAACAAGUUCGUAUAGAAGAACAGAAGAGAAUUGAAGAAGAAUUACGCAAACAACACUCAGUUCAAAUAACCGAAAUAACUGAAAUUCAUAAAGUUGAGUCUUUCCAAAAAGAUAAGAGCCCCACUGUUGAAGAACCUCAAGAAUCUCCUGUGUUUAUUACACCUCUCAGUGAUGCAGUUAUUCAGGAAGGUUCUAAGUUUAAUUUUGUCUGUCAGGUUACUGGAAAUCCUACUCCAGAUAUCACUUGGUUUAAGUCUGGAGUUCCUAUUGAGAAUAAUCCUGAUUACCAUACAUCGUUUGAUAACGGACUUUGUUCUCUUACCAUUGAAGAAACGUUUGCUGAAGACUCUGCUAAGUAUACUUGCAAAGCCAGUAAUUCUGCCGGAGUUGCAGAAACCUCUGCAAUGCUGUCAGUGAAGGAAACAGAACCAGAUGAGCAACUAAUCGCGCCUUCGUUCUCAAAAAUGCUACAACCUGCAACAGCGAAAGAGGGAGCUAGUUUCCAGUUUGAGUGUAAAGUUGAGGGUAAUCCUCUACCAACUGUUCAGUGGUUUAAAAAUAACGAGUGUAUAGACAAUUCUCCGGAUUAUGUGAUUACGUAUAAUAAUGGAGAAGCCAUUUUGAAGUUUGAAAAAGUGUUAUUGGAGGAUAAGGCGGAGUAUACCUGUAAAGCUGUCAAUGAACUGGGAACUGCUCAGAGUACUGCAAAUCUGAUAAUCACACCAUUGAAACCUGCCGAAGCUCCAGCGUUCAGCGCUCCCCUGUCCAACGUGAUGGCCAGGGCGGGCCAAAAAAUCAAGUUGGAAUGCGAGGUGACGGGACUGCCCGCUCCCGCGCUGACCUGGUCGCACAACGGCAAAACCGUGAAGGAAACGCGUGAAAUCAAGCUACAAUUCGAAGGUAACAAAGCCACAUUAGUCGUUCUCGAAGCAUUUCCGAAAGAUGCCGGCGUCUACACUGUGAACGCGAAAAACAUUGCGGGCGAGAGUUUUUCCACUUGUAAUGUGUCAGUGAAAGGCCGUCUACCGAACGAAACUUCCGACAGCGAAAUAGCCAGCGACAUGGAGCCCAUCAAGCCCUCCAUUCAGCUACCCCUAGCUAACACAGUAGCUAAAGAAGGAAACAGAAUUCGAUUAGACUGUGUCAUUGUCGGUCAACCAGAACCUGAAGUUAUUUGGUACCACGAUGAUCGUCCUGUCAAGGAAUCUCCAGAUUUCCAGUUGCUCUUCCAAGGAGACCGAUGUUCCCUAGUUAUCCAAGAAGCUCUCCCUGAAGACGCAGGUGAAUACAGGGUAGUCGCCUUAAAUUCUGCAGGAGAAGCUUCAAGCAAGUGCAUUUUAUCGAUCGAACCCAAAGAACAAGAAGCCAAACCUGAAGAACCUGGUGGUUCACCUCCUAAGUUUGUUAAAUUGUUGACAGAUGUAUUGGUAUCUGAAGGAGAUAAAGUUAUACUGGAAGGAAAUGUCGUUGGUGAACCAAAACCAGAACUAAAAUGGCUCCUAAACAAUCUACCAAUAACCGACGCAGAUCACUUCAAAACCUCUCUAGACCAUGAAGGAAAUUUCAAACUCGAAAUCGACUCAGUCCGUCCAGAAGACAAAGGAGUAUACACCGUCAAAGCAUCCAACGUAUCCGGAGAAGCAAAAUGCUUCUCACAGCUUAUAGUUAAAUCCUCCAAACUAGCUGAAACGAUUAAACCAUACGAAGAAGUGAAAUCUCCUCCAACUUUCAAAGAACUCUUCAACGACAGAGUAGCUUUUGAAUAUACUCCAACUAAAUUUGAGUGUAUAGUUGCAGGCAAACCAACUCCAAAAGUGAGGUGGUUGUUCAAUGGUAACCCUAUCUCUGGCGAAGGGAUCUUAAUUUCAACUUCAGGAGAUCGUCAAGUUUUAAGCAUUUCAAAUUUAAAACCAGAGCACCAGGGAACGAUUACUUGCGUUGCUGAGAACGAAGUUGGAAAGGCUAGUUGUGCCGCAUCUUUAACUGUACAGUCAUCAGCAGAUAUCGCACUCCCUGAACAAGUUUUACCAACUUCAACCACAAUAGUUCCAUCAGAUUUAAAGCAGCAACACAUCCAGUCAUCUUACUCAGUUAACCGUGAAGUGGUUACUCAAUCCUCGACAACUUCCUCAAGUAAAACGAUUUCUUCAUCAACCCAACUCGCUGAACCUCACAUUGAAGAACACAGAACUGUUUCUCAAGAAUCAAAAACUUUCAAGCAAGUCAAUCAAGAUGCACCGCAUAUCCAAGGCACUCACAAGAUCGAGGAAUAUCACAAAAUCGGAAAAGAACCUCCUGUGAUUACUGAAAAGACUUACGUAUAUGGAGAUCAAGAUGAUAGUAGUAAAAAAUCUGAGAUUAAGAGUACAGAAAGUCAAGUUGUUUCAAGACCAAUCAAAAGUGCAAGUACAAUUAAAUGGAUAUCUCCAAUCACAGGAAAGAUAAUCGAUCAAGGCGUGGAUGUUGUUCUUGAAGGGAUUCUGGAUGCUAGACCUCCACCAACUAUUCACUGGACUAAAGAUGGAAAGGAAUUAACAGAGAGUAACGAGUUGAAAAUUAAAUAUGACAGAAAUAAAGUUUGGAUUGAAAUUAAGAACGCAAACGUUAAUAACGGUGGAAGAUACUGCUGUAAGGCAGAAAAUUCUGCAGGUACUGCUGUAUCCACUGCUGAUCUAGUUGUCAGAAAAACUAUAUUUCCUCCAGUUUUCGGAAGACGUCUGCAGGCUCAGGUUAUCAAGAAAAACGAACGAAUUAUUAUGGAAGUUGAGGUGACAGGAACUCCUGAACCCACAGUAACAUGGUACAAAGAUGGAGUACCCCUUAGAGAUGCUCUGAGGGAUAUAAGGGUGAAGUCUUUGGGACAGUCUCAUUCUGUUACAAUUGACAAAGCUGAUCUCAAACACAGUGGACGUUAUAUGGUAAGAGCUACAAAUGCCGGAGGUGAAGCACAGAGCAUAGCUGACAUUGCUGUAUAUGAACCUACACCAGACACUAUGGUAGAGGUCGUUAAAACUGUCAUGUUUGAAGACGUGAAAAAACACGAAACGUUGGCUUCUACAGCUGACAAGACGUCAUCUACUGUCACAACUGCGGCACCCAUAGUGCCAGUUAAAGUUCCCAUUAGCAGCGAAAUAUCUCAAUCCUUCACCUCUAAAUCGGAGGUAACCUCGAAAAGCGAACAAACCACUUCUCAACAAUCUCAAACCUAUAAACUUGAACACAAAACUCCCGAUAUCCCUCUUCCAAAACCCAUUGAAAGGAAAGAGACUUCCUAUCAGAAACAUACAGACUACGAAAUAUGUCAUGAAUUAGGACCUGAAGGAAAGCAAGAAAUUAUAGAGGAAAAAAGAGAAGUUACUGAAGAGGGUGGUAUUGAAAGUAGCUCAAUUUCGAAAGAAUCUUCAUUACAGUACUUUGUAAAGAAGAUAAAGGAAGGUGAAUCUGGACCACCACCUCCAAAAGAAAUACCCAUUGAACCUAUUAAACCCAUCAAGCCUGAGAUAUACCAAAAAUUCUCUUCUACUGAAUCUCAAGUUAAGAAGGAUGUCGAAACAUUCGUUAUUCCUCCUACACCUUCAUUUAGCGAAACAAAAUCAUACGAGAAAAUAUCAACUGCACCAGUAACUCAAGAAUACAAAUCUUAUUCGUCCACCAAGGAAGUUAGCAAAGAAACAAAGACACUUCCAAUAAGUCAAGAAUAUAAAAGCUUCUCGUCUACUACUCAAAAGGUUUCUGAACCGAUUACUCAGCAAUUUAAAUCGUUUUCUUCAACGACUCAGAAAGAAUCCAAACCUUUUACUCAAGAGUAUUCUUCAUCCUUCUCUUCAACUCAGCAUAUUUCAGAACCUCAAGAAUAUAAAGCUUAUUCUUCAGAGGUUACUAAAGAAUUUGAUUUAAAACCUGAACCUCCUGCUGAUAUAUGUUACUCACCUAAAGCAGACACCAGUAAAAAGUCUGAAAGUGUUUUAACCACGACUCAAAAAGAAUACAAACCAUUUACUCAAGAAUAUUCUUCAUCGUUUUCAUCAACUCAGCAUGUGUCAGCUCCUCAGGAGUAUAAAUCUUUUUCUUCUGAAGUUAUUAAAGAGUAUGAUUUAAAACCUGAACCUCCAGCAGAUAUAUGUUACGCUCCUAAAGUAGAGUCCAGUAAAAAAUCAGAAAGUGUUUUCGAAAGAGUGCAGAAAAUAUCUGAGUGUUCAAAAAGCCUGCCAGCACAUGAAGUACCCCAGGGUGGAGUUAGGAUUUUCCCACCAACUGUACAAGAAAAACCAGCUCAAGUCUGCGAGAAAAAAGAAUUUUCAGAGAAAUCAUAUCAAACAUCUUCAUCGUACCAAACUUCGUCCUCCUCAUACAGUCAUCGAUACGAAUCAACAUCAUCUCCAGCUUUUAGGCCGAAAACUCCAGAAAUACCUUCCACUCAAAAGAUUUGGUCCCCGAGACACGAAAUACUUGAACGGCCAGCUUCUGUCGCUUCCUCAACUUACUCUAUAGAAAAACAGAGUUACAGUCGUCCAUUAUCUUCUCUAUCAGGUAUUGCAGAGCCACCUUUAGAUGCCUUGCAAAUGGAGAAACAGUGGGCUCAUAAAUUUACUGAUGUAGGUCAAACAUGGAACCCUCCUCAAGCCCAAGAAUCCAAAACAACGAAAUCUUGGAGCACGCAAAGCACGUUAGAGAAGAAAUGGGCCCCUGUACAAAUACAAACUCAGAAAACCGUACACGAGAGCAAGACUUUUUUAGACAAAACUCCAGUUCUAGUACCUCACUAUAUAGGGGAAGUGACUCGACUGGAGACGACAGUUAGGGACCAAAACUUCGAAUCGUUAUCUACGUCGAAAUCGGAACAUAUAGUUGAAGAGAGUAAUUUGAGACCAUCGCAAAGAUCUUGGCCUCCGCCUCAACCUGUAAAGGAAUAUGUUCCUCCACCUCCUAAACCUUAUCCAACCAUAGAAUCGUUAUCGAUUAGACCUGUUUCAGUUCAGGAUAUUACUGAUGAGGUUAUUCUUGAGCCUGGACCUCCCCCAGAAAUUGCUUAUGCCGAACCACCUAAACAAAGAAGGCGUUCUUAUGUUGAAACAGUAGAACAAGAAUUAGAGAGGGAUUUACAAAGAGAACCCACUAAGGUUCCUCCCUGCGCUGUAAGAACGAUCCCUCCACCUCUGCCGCCUAAAAAAGAAUUUCCUCAAGCCCCUCCUGUGCCCGCCAGACCAUCUAGGCCAGUAGAAAUAAAACCAAAGAAACCUCCAAAGGAAUUACCUUAUAUUCCUUUCGAAAAAUUCCCUGAACUGGAACCGUUUCCUUUCAAACCCGAUCCAGAAAGACCUAGACCACCUAGAACAGGUCCUCCACCUACACCUUCAAAGUUUAUCAAAGGAAGAUUUACGGAUAGUGAUUACGAGAGUGAUUUUGAAGCUGUGAGGAUUCCUCCUAAAUGGAGGCCUUCAAUGAGUGACACUGAAGAACCACGGUAUAGGAGAGUUCAACCGCCCAGAUCAACAUCUGCAGGCAGGUCAAGGUCGCAAGAGCCUGAACCUUUACCUCCUUCAAGUUUCGAGAAACCUCCCCAAUUUCACGGACCACCAAGACCAGAAAUAAAUUUUGAGGAAUAUAGAAGAAAGAAGGAUGCAUCACAGAUUAAAAAAAUGACGAAACACUUUGAGCAAGUGAGGAGAGAAUCUUCUCCUCCCAGGAUAAAGCCAGCAAGUCCUCCUACGUAUGUUUAUCCAGCAGAAAAAAAGCCGGAUUCUCCAAAACUGAAGAAAAAAGUGGUUAUCGAUGGGUAUAUGGCUGAUACAGACGAGCCAUUUCAACAAAGAAUAGUUAAAACAGAGCAUUUCAGAGAAGAGCAUACAGAAUCCAGGCAUAGUUCUCAGUCUAGUCAGAAAAUUUUUGAGUCUUCUACCUCAACCCAAAAAGUCGUCGCUCCCAAACCAAGAGUUUCCAAGUUUCCUGUCAAGAAGCAUCAUCAAACAUCGGUUUCUUCAGCUAAGAAGGAAUUUAUAGCAACACCGAUCGUAACUAGCCAAACGACAGAACAAUUUUCAGAACAGCACCAAAAAGAAACUCACCUGGAAUCACUUCCAUAUCAUCCUGAACCUCCAAGACCUAAAAAAUCGAAAGGACCACCUCCACCCAGCCCUUCAAAGUUUGUAAAAGGUGAAUUUAGAGAGAGCGACUAUGAAAGUGACUAUGAGGGCAGGAUUCCUCCUAUCUGGGGUCAACACACUGAUAAGUAUUACAAGCCUGUACGACCAGUACUGACUCCAAGCCAGCAAUACCAUCAAGGAGGUAGAACUCCUACACCUCCGACGGAAUUCGAUAGACCUCCUCUGAUUGAUGGACCACCAAGACCUAAGUUUGAGCCGAUUGAAAAAAUUACUCCCGUUCCUAAACCUGUGGUUUGUAAGCCUAAAGCUAUGUCAGCUACUUCGGCUGUUACUGAUGUAGUGGUAGCUACUCCUGCUGUUCCUAAGAAGACUGUAUUUAUUCAGCCUGGAAGUCCUCCAGAGAUUGGGUAUGCUGCUGGACCUAGAAGAACACAAUUUUACAGGUCAACCACUAGUGCUCCAUACCAAAACGCAAUCCAGACAGAAACAUCCAAUGUAGUCCAUCUAGAUGAAUCCACGGAUACUUGCAAACGGACGAUGAGCGUCCAGCAAACCCAUAAGGUGAUCAAAUUCGGAGAUCAAUAUAGAAGACAGGAGCAAUCAACCAAGGUAGAACCAUUUCCUUAUUCGCCUGAACCAGCGCAACCCAGAAGAGCUGCCAGUGUUCCACCACCAGUAACACCUACUAAAUUCAUCCCUGGAAGUUUUAAAGAAAGCGAUUAUGAGAGUGAAGUAGAGUCUACACGGAUUAGACCACUUUGGACUCCAGGUGGCAGUGAUACUGAAGAUAGGCAUUAUAGACGAGUUACAGCUCCAAGCGAGUCCAAAAGUUACGACCACAGAGUUAGUUUCCAAGAAAGAGUCCAAACACCCAUGGAAUUUGACAGAGGUCCUGUCCAAUCGACCCAUAUUAGCAGAACAUCAGAUUACGUCGAUGGAGAAACAAGAAGACAUCAAUCCUCAAGCUUUAAAAGAUCUUCAGAGAGCAGUUCAAAUCAAAUAAUGAAGAGGAGCCAUUCUUAUGAACCACCAGCAAAACUAAAACCAGGGACCCCACCUGAAUAUGGUUAUGUGGCAGACCAAAGAAUGACAAAAUGCACCGCUACUAAGAUGGCGUCUCAUCACAUGGACAGUAUGACGAAGGAAUUCAAGUCGAAAACGCAGCAAUUUGUUCAGGACAUUGUGAGCGAUGUCAGCAAGAAACAGCAACAGAAACCUAUACUGAAAACUGGUACUACUGAUGCAGACGCUCAGGUGUACCGGGAAGAGUCUAGGACUGUUGGACAUGGAACAAAACACGUGGAUCCAGACACAGGUCUGAUCUACUUCAAAUACGACUUUGGUUACGAAUUCGGCAUCAUCCUACCAGGAGAAGGAAAGUCUGGUGAAAUCCCAGUUCCUAAGAAAACAGUGAUAGAACCUCCCAAACGAACGGUGGACAUCGAAAUGCCGGUGUAUCACGAAACCACGACCCAUCCAAGCGGCACUUAUAACGGUACGAGCACCUACAACCCUCCAACGCCUCAAUUCAAGCCGAAAAAGUUCACGAACAAAUGGGAUCCGACGUCAGAGAGUGAGAUGUCAGAGUACGAGGGCGAUGCGUCAAAGAAGAAGGCCGGAUUAAGUCAAGAUGCUGGAAUGAGAGCUCAGACGCCUCCAAGUUGUCCCAGUACUCCCGGCAGUACUAAGCUAAUCAUACAGCCUGGACAGCCGAGAGCUCCCUUAUUUAUUACGCCAUUAAGAGACAUAGCCGUUGUUAGUGGCCAAACAGCCAAAUUCGAAUGCAUCGUUCAGUCGGAACCAGCUCCGAAUAUCCUAUGGUCAAAGAAUGGAAGGAUAAUAGCCAACUCCAACGACUAUCAGAUCCAUUAUAGGAACGGAGUAUGUCGACUGACUAUAGCGCAAGCUUAUCCAGAGGAUGCUGGUACUUACAGUUGCACAGCUUCGAACACUGUAGGCACUGCCAACACGACGGCUACUCUUCAAGUACCAGGUGAGAGAAGAUCACAGUACUUAAAAUAGACAAUGGUGCUGGGCCUAAUACGUACUUAAUCAAUAUUGUAUAAAGUAAUAACCAAUCUCUGUAUCGACUUGAAAAAUACGACUAUAUUUUGAUAAACGAAUCACUGCCACAGUUUAGCUUUGUGGAGUCUGAAUUUCAAUAUUUUAUAUCCAAAUUACAGUACGAUUUUAUUGGUGGAAGUAUAGACAGGUAAAACACAUUUUUUGUGCCUUAUAAUUAUAAUGGUUAUACCGGUAUUAUAGGCUGAUUUUGCGUUUUCACAGAAUAUAUAAAAUACCUAAGUAUAAAAAUAGGUAACUGAUUUUUAAGUAGUUAUUUUUUAAGGAAUCCGGAGUUAUUUUUUUAAAAAGUCCAUGUAGAAUUUUAAUAAUAAUAUUUACUGAAUAAAGACUCUCUUAUAUAUCAUAUAUAAGAGAGAAGGUAAAUUUUGUUUUGUCAUGUUUUUUUCAGGAAAAAUGUUAAUUUUGACCUGUACUGUCUAAACAACUGUGGUGUUGUCAAAUUAAAUUUUGACGUAUAUGAUUUUUCAAUACUGAGAUAAGCUUCAUUCAGAACAGCUUGCGGUAAUCGGUUGUAUCCAUAGAUAAUUAAUUACUGUCUAAUAAUUAGCUUACUGUCUAAUCAACAUUUUUUUCUAACCACAAUUUCUAUUGACGGAUAAUAAUCAACAGCUAAAAUGUCAUUACUAGCAAAUUUUGAAGUAUUAUUAGCGGAAGAAGUUAAACAUUUGUUAACUUUUUGUACUAAUUGAAAAUUAAUGCCACUAAUUUUGACGGUUUAAAUGUUUGUAUUGAAAUUAGACGAACAAACUUCUACGCUAAUUGAAGCCGCUAAUUUAUUCCACUAGUUUUGAGAUUCUAAAUGAAGCAUUAUUAUUAAUUAUGACAGAACCAAAUAAAUAUUAUACAGGGUGUGUUUUAAAUAAGUGCACAUAUUUUCAGGGCUGGCAAAUCUCGACAAAAAAACAUAUUUUCUCUUUACUAUUUUUCAUAAGCAUUUAGCGAUAUAAAUCACAACCAUUUAGUGAUUGAAGAAAACAAUAUCUUUAUUUUAACAAAAUAAAAGACGUGCAUUUAGCACUUUGAAAAAACUAUAUCAUUAAUAAACACCGGUUUUGAUUAAAAUUCAUAUUAAUUGUUUUUCCAAUACUAGAUGACUAAAAAGAAAAAACAAACAAUACAUUAAUAAGAGAAAAUUAAAUUCAAUAUAUUUUUUUAGUGUUAUUUACGUUAAAUUAGCCUAUAUAAAUAAAACCGUACUGUAGAUAAGUGCCUUAAUACAAUGUGUUCUCAGAUAAAUAAAAAUGUUUUAAGCUUUCUCAAUUAGUAUUAAGCCAAUUUUUCUUCUUUAUCAACAAAAUGUUACUAAAUUUUUUUUGUUGACUGCUUAAUUUUUUUUCUUUUUAUAAAAUUAUUAAGUUAAUAAGAAUCUCGGAGAUAUCACCCGUAUUUAUUAUUUUAAUUAGUGUAUUCUAUUCUGGUCAUUGACGCUUUUUUUAUGUACGAUAUUUAGAAUUUUAAGUGUAUUGUUUUAAGCUGAUGAAUGUACUUUUAAGGUUAUGUUUUAAUUAUAUUCAUAUAUUUAUUGUCUAUAUUAAAGCUUUUUGCAAGAU